CUCCGCCAUGGCCGAUGUGGAGGACGGGGACGAGCCCGGAGCCCCCCACUCGCUGCCGGGCUCCGCGGGCUCCAAGGCGGGCGCACCCGACAAGAUGUUCUCGCUGAAGAAGUGGAAUGCGGUGGCCAUGUGGAGCUGGGACGUGGAGUGCGACACCUGCGCCAUUUGCCGCGUGCAGGUCAUGGAUGCCUGUCUUAGAUGUCAAGCUGAAAACAAACAAGAAGAUUGUGUUGUGGUUUGGGGAGAAUGCAAUCAUUCCUUCCACAAUUGCUGCAUGUCCUUGUGGGUGAAACAGAAUAAUCGCUGUCCCCUCUGCCAGCAGGACUGGGUAGUCCAGAGAAUAGGCAAAUAAAAACUGGAAGUGUUUCUUUCUGUUGCA